CCCUCGCGCUCCUCUCAUCAGCAUGUCCAUGCCCCGCCAGCACUAGCGCGCUCGCUUUUCCGUUCUCGUCUCCCUUGCUCUCUCUCUCGCGCUUCACGACUGACGACACUCCAUCUCAUCGAGUACACUUUCGCUCUGCACAUCUUGACAAAGCUUCGUAACGAUAUCGACGUGCCGGUGCGCACUCCGAGCGUAGAGAACGCCGCGCAAGCCUAUGUACCACUCUCCGCGACGCAGGUCGCCCAAGCUCAAGUUGCGUCCCUUGGAGCCACCGCCAUGGACCGGAUCCUCCUCCGACGAACGCUCCUCCGUUGCACUCGCGAAGGUGAAGCCACACCGUCAUACUGACCAGGAGUCCGACGCAGCAAUCUCCUCAGCCUAUCCCACUGUGAUGAAACGGCCGUUUGAUGAUCCUCAUGAUGCUCUCUGCCGCGCAUUCAACGUCCUCAAGACCGUCGACGUGCCCAAGGUGAUGACAGACGCGCUCCCGCCCACCCUCUCCAUGCGCGUCCUCCCGCACCACCCGCACGCGCACGCGCUCACGCCCACGCACGUCCUGCUCGUCCUCGACUCGCACUACGCCUCGCUCCCCUCCACGCACGCGACCCUCCACCCGCCGCUCCCGCCCCCGCUCGCGCUCCCGAUCAAUGCGGACCUCUUCGCGCAGCGCUUCGCGAGCGACCUCCGCCCGCCCGGCGCGCCACCCGCUCCAGAGCCGUCCUGGGCCGACGCCGCCCACUCGCAGGAGCUCACGCUGCCCACCAUCGCGCUCUGCGUGCCGCACCCGCCAUCCGUCCCGCUCCUCCUGCUCUACGGCCUCGGGCUAUUCGCAACUUUUGAGCCGUAUCCUUCCUCCGACGGAACACACGGAGUAAGCGCAAGCGCGACGACGAGCAUGGGCACGCUAGCGGCAUAUCUUCUGCCCACGCACACGAUCGAGGAGUUCCCGUCGGCGGCGGCUAUGGCGGACGUGCUCGCGAUGGGCUGCAGCGACGCUGAGCUGCGCGCGCACGCGUUGUUCAAUGGCGGGAUGUGGGGGAACGUGCUCGCGCUUGCUCCGAGGGACGGGCGGAUCGUGGAGGUGGUGCGGACCGCGUGGAACGUCACGGCGGAGGCGAGGAAGAUGAGGGAGCGGUGGCGGCGCGGCGGGGGCGGGGGAGCAAUCGCGCGGUAGGUUCAACCAGGGCGCGAGAGGGAAGGGAAGGGAGGAGGUAAAAGAAAGCGGGGAGGGAAUGAGCAGGAGUUACGAACGAGAACACACGACGACGAAGAUGAUGACGAAGAUCUCACGAAUCACGAAAGUAACGUACGACGCACACAGCACACACGCAGCACGCAGCAGCCUAACCCACCCGCUGAUCUAUUAAUGCACUCCGCAAU